AUUGCUACUCAGCUUAUGUUUGAAAUGUCAGAUUUGACGGUCAGACCUGCUUCCCCGACUCCCUCCAUUUCUCUCCCGGAGAUAAAAGCAGAGACGCGGUUGGUGCUGAAAUCUUUCCUGCGUCAGUCUCUCUCUAUUCCUCCUGGAGAGAGACCCGGACGGAUAGGAGGAGGAUAUAAAGACCCAAACAAAUACAGAUCCCUUAGAGUCGUUGCUCUGACUGAAUUGCAGUCACUGAACGCCAGUGGGCGGAGCCAACAAAAUGAUGAUGUGCUGUGUCUUUCUCUGGGGCAGAGAAAGGAAGGCUGCAGACCUGGAGCUGGCAGUGCCUCGCUAAAUGAGAAGGGAAAGAAAGAUACGCUGGGAUGGGACUCUUUGGAUGAGGAGAUCAGUGCUGCUGAGGAGAAAAAACAUGGUCUCAAGAAUUUUAUUAAAAAAAGACUGAGACCCCGUCCAUCUAUGAUUCGCCAUGCUAAGAAAGAUGGCACUGCUGACCAGAUUCAAAACAACAGUCUGGAUAGAAAGUUUCAGUCGAAACAAUCAGACAAAGCGUCCUCGAAUGGAGCUCGCACUUUGCCGAAGAAAUUAGAGGAAGAGAAUAUGCAAGUUUCCUCUGCGUCUGAAGAGGAAGGCGAAAGAAAAGCAAUGGACAAACAGAAGAAAAAGAAGAAACUAAAAAUUCCUAAUAUACUCAAAAAAGUGUCGUUCAAAAAAGAGGACAAUCGUCCGCAGCGCCCAGACUCGCUCCCUAUAAAACAAGGUGCACGUUUUCCAGAACCUGGAGAACCAACUCUUUCACCCACACAUCCUCCUGAAUUUUAUGAUGGAGUGGCAAACACCCUGGACAAAAUCGCACAGAAACACAGCACAAAAAAGAAAUCUCCUGUUAGGCCAGAGCCAGCGUCAACUACAUCCAAAGAAGAUAAAGAGGCAGUGGUUCAACAGCUAGUUCAGAUAUUGACAUCAGAGGGAGAUGCUAUGAAUGAUAAGAUAAAUGCAAACCCGUUCCUUCGAUCUACCCUCACUCGCCUCUCCUACGCAUCCUUUGCCAAACUCCUUGACACGUACGCCAGUGAGAGCGAAGAAUCACCCCUUCCUGCCACAGGAAGUCCUACGCUGCGCCGCAUCGCCAUAACCAUGGAAGCGUCUCGACGGGUCGUCACGGCAACGGGAGUUCAGCGUUUGACGGGGUUUGCUGAACGCUACAUGGAGAGUUUUGCACCCUGGGUGAAGAGUCACGGAGGAUGGGAAAAUGUUGUUAAUUUGGAGGAGAACUCAGAGUACGAUUGACUUUGGUCACUGACUUAGGACUUUUUUAAUAUGAACUCUGGAUCAUGUAGCACAGCCUCUAUGAGGAAAAGAAGAACUGAACAUCCAAGUGAAGAAGUGACACUACUGAAUAUGAAGUUUUUUUCGUGCUGAUGUAUUUAUUCUUUUAUUUUUUUCUCUGUUUUAAGUUUUUAUUGUGGAGUUUUAUACAAAAAUACACACUGACAAA